GGUCUGGUGUCUGGUUUCAGGGCGUUGUUCGACUACGAUAAGCAGUGGGACUGCGGCGUCCUCUCGCAGGCUCUGGACUUUAACUUCGGCGAGGUUCUUCAUGUGAUGGACACCAGCGACGACGAGUGGUGGCAGGCCAGACGGGUGAACCAGCAGGGCGAGAUGGAGGAGCUGGGAUACAUCCCGUCCAAACACAGAGUGGAGAGGAAGGAGUGGUCCCGCAUGAAGGGGAAAGGUCGAGAAGGUUUCGUCCACAGCUACGAGCUCGUCACCCAGAUCGAAGUGGACUACGCUCGCCCCGUCAUCAUCCUGGGUCCGACCAAAGACCGAGUCAACGACGACCUGCUGUCGGACUUCCCGGACAAGUUUGGCUCCUGCGUUCCCCACACCACCCGCCCCCAGAGGGACUACGAGGCCGACGGACGGGACUACCACUUUGUGUCGUCACGGGAACAGAUGGAGCGCGACAUCCAAUCGCAUCGCUUCAUCGAGGCGGGGCAGUACAACAACCACCUGUACGGGACGUCGGUGCAGAGCGUCCGGCAGGUGGCCGAGCAGGUGAGGGUCGCCGGGCAG